AAGUCGUCUGGAGGCAAGGUCGGAGCCGAUGGCGGAAAGAAGCAACAGAGCCACUCGAGCAAGGCUGGUCUCCAGUUCCCCUGCGGUCGUGUCAAGCGUUUCUUGAAGAACAACACCCAAAAUAAGAUGCGUGUUGGAGCCAAGGCUGCAGUUUAUGUUACCGCCGUCCUCGAAUACCUGACCGCUGAAGUCCUCGAGCUCGCAGGAAACGCCGCCAAGGAUCUCAAAGUCAAGCGUAUCACCCCUCGUCACCUGCAACUCGCCAUCCGCGGAGACGAAGAACUCGACACGCUCAUCCGCGCCACGAUCGCCUUUGGUGGUGUCCUCCCGCAUAUCAACCGUGCUCUGUUGUUGAAGGUCGAGCAGAAGAAGAAGAACAAG